AUGUUCCAUCUGGCACAGGGGUUGUACCGCAACUGGAAUAAAAAGGAACAUUACUCGGUGCUCAUCCUCGGGCUGGACAAUGCCGGUAAGACCACCUUCCUGGAGCAGCUCAAGGCAGUGUACCACUUGUACGCGAAGCCGCUAGAGAAGAUCGUGCCGACUGUCGGCCAGAACGUCGCGACCGUGCCGCUGGACAAGACGACGCUCCUGAAGUUCUGGGACGUCGGCGGCCAGGAGGCGCUGCGCGCCAUGUGGUCGGAAUAUUAUGUCCAGACGCACGGCAUCAUCUUCAUCAUCGACAGCACGGACCGCGAGCGCCUCCAGGAGUGCUGCGACUCGCUGCGCUCCAUCGUCACCGACGACGGCGUCGAGGGCGUUCCCAUCCUCAUGCUGGCCAACAAGCAGGACCGCGAGGACAAGAUGGAGCUGCACGACAUCAAGCAGGUCUUCAACAAGCUCGCCCUGCACCUCGAGGCCCGCGACAGCCGCGUCCUACCCAUCAGCGCCCUGACUGGCGAGGGCAUCCAGAGCGCCGCCGAGUGGCUGCUGGUCCGCCUCAAGCGCAACAAGCAGACGCGGCCCCCAAUCUACAAGUAG